AUGGAUAUGACUAAACUUCUGGGCAGUCAAAUCGGUCUGGAUGAUUUUAUUUUCGUACAUCGUAAAGGACGGCCAAAAGAAAUCGAAAUCGCCAAGACAAACGAGGCACUUGGUCUGACAAUCACAGAUAAUGGAUCUGGAUAUUGUUUCAUAAAACGUAUCAAAGAAAAUAGCAUCAUUGAUAACAUUUCGUACAUAAGUGUAGGUGAUCAUAUUGAAAAAAUAGACAAUGAAACGAUGGUGGGCAGAAGACACUACGAAGUGGCCAAAAUGUUAAAAGACAUUCCAAAAGGAUCUGUAUUCACGUUGCGGCUAAUAGAGCCAAUCAAAGCGGGAUUUUCGAAUAUCGAGCCGAGGGGUUCCAAACGAGGGAAGAAUGCUUCGUACGGAAAUGGGAAAGAGACGUUACGGUUCAAAGCCAACGGGGCGGCUGAAAUUCAAAAAGAGACUGACGAGUCACAAAAAGGUAUUGAUAAAAUCAAUCAACUGCUGGAAAACUUGUUGGGAAUUAGCGACUUCGAACUUGCUACACAGAUUUGGGAGAAAGGAGAAGAUAAGUUGAACAGCAUGGACUUUGCGGAGGCUGUCGACAACUCUGAUUUAGACGAAUUAGGAUUCACGGACGAUUUCAUCAUUGAACUCUGGGGUGUCAUAACAGAUGCUAGGGCAGGGCGCUUGAAAAAUUAA